GAACAGCAUACUUAAUAUUCAAUUACCUUGCACCUAGCCAGUGCAGGGGGCAGGAAUACGUCAAAACAACAGUGGUUCAUUCAUUUCAAAGUCGGAAGUCUCUGUUGUAGCACCUGCUGAAUGCCCACAUUGCUUUGCCCAAUCUAUCCGUUUGAUUGUUUGCCAGGUUUUCUUUAAAAGCUAACUUCCAAAAGUCCAGUAUGGAAGUGCAUCUUGUAUCGUAUGCAAAUACGUAUGCUGACGUAGAUGAUCAUGUGGGUUUUGGCGUAGAUCCCCCUGUGAUCGUGAAUUUUUUUCCGCUGUUGUCUGUAGGAUUCGGUAGAUCCUUUACAAAUAAUCCUUGUAUUUGCCUUAUCCGUGGAAGUCAAAACGUUUACUGGAACCUGUUUGUCAACAACCCAGCAUCCUAGAAUCGCAACGACGUAGACAGGUCAAGUGAUCUGUGAUGAGAUCUCAUGAAGUCCUCCAUUGGAGCUGACGUUACCAGUCAGCAGAAACGCCCCCCAGUCAGGAUUCUCCCGUCUACGGAUUCUCACCUCCUCCUCCUCCUCGCCCUCUCACCCACAGUUCUCCCACAAGGGAAGCAUCCUAUUGCCUUCCUCAACCAUGGCCAGCCGAAGAAAGUCUUCAACGCCCUGCAUGAUCCGACCUAGUGACAUCAUGAUGGAGCAGGAGGGGCCAGAUGACAUGGACGCGAUGGUCAGCGAUGGUGGUGGUGGUGAGGAGGUGGAGGAGAACGGAUCGGCGUUACCACCGCCACUGCUGCUCCCCGCCUGCGAGGACCGGGAGGAGACGCGGAAGAGCCCUCCGACCUUGGCCCGUGAAGUGACCGAGCCAGAGCGUACCGAACCAGAGCCCCCUCCGCGUCCGCAGCGUCGACUGCAGGGGGGCUACGAAUGUAAAUAUUGCACCUUCUCCACGCAGAACUUGAACGAGUUCAAGGAGCACGUGGACUCCAACCAUCCCAAUGUCAUUUUGAACCCAUUGUACCUGUGUGCCGUCUGUAACUUCAACACAAAGAAGUUCGACACUUUGACCGAGCACAACGAGAAGUUCCACCCUGGCGAAAGCAACUUCAAGUUCAGGAGAAUCAAGCUGAACAGCCAGACCAUUCUGGAACAGACCAUCGAGGGGUCGAACAGCGCGGUCAUCUACGAUGCGGGCAGCGGCCAAAGCGGAGAGGACUUUGGCACGUUCCCCCUCGGCAAGUCCACCGCAGUAAAGACUGGCAAGCCAAAAACUGACCACAAGCGUCCAUCGGUGGACGGUCAGCUCAGCCCGGACCUUCCCAAAAAGCAGAUCACUGCGGUGAAUGUGAAUGGAACCGUGAUCAUUCCGGACGCGUCGCUGAAAGACGGACUCUCUCACAUAAUGCCCUCCCUACAGCGCCCGCCCAACUUUAACCUCGUCCCGAAAAUAGCCGUGCCGUUGAACACUUCAAAGUACAACCCCUCCCUGGACGGUAACUUGACACUCAUCACCUCGUUCAACAAGUUCCCUUACCCGACCCAGGCGGAGCUCUCCUGGCUUACCGCCGCCUCCAAGCACCCCGAGGAGCAGAUCAAGGUGUGGUUCACAACACAGAGACUGAAGCAGGGCAUAAGCUGGUCACCGGAGGAGGUGGAGGAAGCUCGCAAGAAGAUGUUCAACGGCACCAUCCAACCGGUCCAACAGGCGUUCACCGUGCUACCUGCCCAACUGGCCCAAUCCAGCAAGUCCACACAGUCCCUGCUCCAGACACUCCCUUGUCAUCUGCUGGGGCAGUCUAGCCUGGUGCUGACUACGGUCGCCAACGGGUCACCGGUGACGUGCGCACCAAUCGCAUUGACUGUAGCGAGCCAAGUGGCACAGGCGGUCAAGAGGCCCCUCACGUCGCCCAUUGUUACCCCAGAGGUGAAACGACCCUCUAUUAUCAAGACCCUGCAGACCAACUCGGCCUCCCCUACUCCCAGCCUAUCAGACUGCAACAAAACCCCCGAUCAGAUAAGGGAGCUCAAGGCCAGUUAUUGCCUGUGCCAGUUCCCGGAUGACGAGGAGGUCUAUCGCCUUAUUGAGGUCACUGGUCUCUCCUGGGGUGAGAUCAAGAAGUGGUUCAGUGACCAGCGGCACAGUAGCCAUAAAGGUGCACAGCAGAUCAAGUCAGAGUUGCUGCUGAAGGAGAGCCAACUCCAGAAGUCCGUUCCCACCCAGUUCCCUCUCCUGGAGAGAGUGAAGGGUAAGACGUCGGAGCAGCUGCAGAUGCUUGAGGAGAGCUUUCAGCGAGCCAGCUAUCCAACACAGGCUGACAUUGACCAUCUAGUGGUGGACACCAAGCUCUCGAAGAACGAAAUCGACUGCUGGUUUACAGAGCGCCGAGCACUGCGCGACAACCUUGAGCAGGCCUUGCUGAACUCCAAGGGCUCCAAGCGGGGCUCGCAAAAUGGACUUCAAGACCAGGAGAACAGAGCUAGGUCCUCGCCUCUGCCUCUUCUCACAACCUCCACGUGUGCCGCAGCAGAGUCCAUCGACAGCAAGUCCCUAAGCCUUCUCAAGGACGUCUUCACCCAGACACAGUGGCCAUCUCCGGAGGAGUACAACCAUCUGGAAAUCCAGACUGGCCUUGCACGGACAGAGAUUGUGCGCUGGUUCAAGGACAGCCGCCUGGCACUGAAGAACGGAACUCUGGAGUGGAUGGAACAGUUCCAGAACCUGAGCAACAAGAAGCAGAACGGUCAGAGCUCUACCCUGCUGUCGGAGCAAGCGCAGAAUGUCCUUCAGAGGCACUUCCAGGACACUAAGACACUAAAGGGAGAGGACAUUGAACGGCUGUCCGAACGGUCGAAACUCACCAAUCAAGAAAUCGUGGACUGGUUUGCGUCCAAGCUGGGACACACGAUGUCCGACAUCAGCAAGGGCAGGGACCAAAUCGGACAGGCGAGCGUGGAUCACGGGAGAUGGGUGAAGGUUACUAUGGCAGCUGAUAAUGAGAGGGGCUGUUUGGAGACGCAGAAAGUGACCCCUGACCUUGAAGUGCUUACUGGAGAACACCCUGGCAGAGUUACGGGGUGAAACCGUUACGGAGACAAAGAAGAUGCCACAUACACUUGCCUAUGCCAUGGGAAAGGCAGUUGCAUUUUGAUACUGGGAACCAAUGAUUUCAUACUUGGAAUGUGAUGUCAUCGGCCCCAUCAACAGUUUGUGUGGAGCACUGACCUGGAGGGCUGAACCAUGGAGUGCCAAAGCUGGACUGCUACUUUAUCACACUCGUUUGAGAGAUUUAAAAAAAAAGGGCCCUUGUAAAUAUUUUUUUCUAUAAUGGCACCGAUUUGUACAAUUUUUUUGGAAAAGGGGAAGUUUUGUUACAUUUAUAAUAGAGGAGCCCUUGACCAUUUCGCUUAAAAACCUUUGCAAAGGAAUGUUAAACAGUUUUGUGAGAGGACCGCUAAACCAGGCUGUCUGGUUUAAUUUGUCAUACUUUAUAUUCACAAGACUACAGUUGUGGUCCGUGGUGGCACUUAUUACAGUUAUGUCAGUAAGGACAAGCAGCAACAGAUAACAGACUUCUUGGAAUCCUGGACAUCUCUUCAAUGGACCACACAAACACUGCCUGCAAUCUCAUUAAAAAAAAAAACAAUAAACUCAUCAAGGAGUUAAAAGGUGGACAUAAUCAAAAUGAAUCAAUAGUUAUGCACAGUACUUGUUUUUUUUGUAUUAGUCAUUGUUUGCAAUAUUUCUGCCGCUGGUCUUAUGUCGACUCUGCUUGUAUUCAAGGUAGCGCCAUUUCAACUGCAAAAAAAGACUAGAUUUCCAAUAGCUCAAUGAUCUUCUGUUUUCUUCCCUCGGCUGCUGCUAUGGUGUCAUGUUCGGACAUGUAUCAGGAAUACUGUACUGCUACCGAGAAUUCUGCUUGCUUUUUUAAAAAAAGAAAAAAAAACAGUCUGCUGUAACUCAAUAAAACACAACCAAGUGAUCA